CUGGCGCAGUUGAUGGGAAAAGAGACUGGGAGCUUGUAUCCUGCGCCAGCACGUGUUUAGUCAGAUAGCCUUGCUCCAGCGUGGCGCCUCUCCUCACAGUCUAGUUCGCCUCCUUGCCCGGGUCCGAGGCCUGUGAGGUGUCGAUCGCCUAGGGGUACGUGCGCCAUGGGAAAGGCCAAGUCGGCCGGGGCCCGAAGGAAGCCCCCCGGGGCCCAGGCUGGGGCGCGGGGAGUCAAGGCGAAGCCCAACCCCAACCCUUUCGAAGUGAAAGUUAACAGGCAGAAGUUCCAGAUCCUGGGCAGGAAGACGCGCCACGACGUGGGGCUGCCCGGCGUGUCCCGCGCGCGGGCCAUCAAGAAGCGUACCCAGACUUUACUAAAGGAAUAUAAAGAAAGGGAUAAGUCCAACGUAUUCAGAGACAAGCGCUUUGGGGAAUACAAUAGCAGCUUGACCCCAGAGGAGAAGAUGACCAAGAGGUUUGCCCUGGAACAGCAGCGACACCACGAGAAAAAAAGCAUCUACAACCUAAACGAAGAUGAAGAAUUAACGCAUUACGGCCAGUCUUUGGCAGAUAUUGAAAAGCUUAAUGACGUUGUGGAUAGCGACAGUGAUACUGAGGAACGAGGAACGCUGUCUGCCGAGCUGACUGCUGCCCAUUUUGGAGGGGGCGGUGGGCUCCUUAACAAGACUGCUUCACAGCAAAGCGAGGAGGGGGACAAAGCAAAGUCACGCAAAGAACUGAUCGAGGAGCUCAUUGCAAGGUCGAAGCAAGAGAAGAGGGAGAGGCAGGCUCAACGGGAAAACGCCCUGGAGCUCACGGAGAAGCUAGACCAGGACUGGAAAGAAAUCCAGACGCUCUUGUCACAUAAAACACCCAAGUCGGAGAACAAAGAGAAGAAGGAGAAACCCAAGCCUGACCCAUAUGAUGUGAUGGUUCGUGAGCUUGGCUUUGAGAUGAAGGCUCAGCCCUCGAACAGAAUGAAAACAGAGGAGGAGCUGGCCAGGGAGGAGCAAGAGCGGCUCACCAAGCUGGAGGCUGAAAGGCUUCGAAGGAUGUUUGGAAAAGACGAGGACGAGACUAUGAAGAAACCCAAACACGUGUCAGCAGAUGACCUGAGUGACGGCUUCAUCCUGGAUAAAGACGACAGGCGUUUGCUGUCUUACAAGGAUGGGAAGAUGAACAUAGAGGAGGAUGUCCAGGAAGAGGGAAGCAGGGAAGCCGGUGGCAGUGAGAGUGAGGGGGAGGAAGAUCCCAGCGGGGAGGACACAGAGCAGAGCGACAGCCCCGAUGGCCACUCAGACCUGGACUCCAACGCAGAGAGCGAGGAAGACGGCGAGAGCCCAGAGAAGGGGCAGCUUCCGGCUCCCAGGGAGAGGUGCUCACAUGGUGACCAGAAGGCCCGAGUUGACAGAGCCGAGCUGCCCUACACGUUCGCAGCUCCGGAGUCCUACGAGGAACUGAAAUCGUUGUUAUCUGGAAGGUCGGUGAAGGAGCAGCUGCUGGUGGUGGAGAGGAUUCAGAAAUGCAACCACCCCAGCCUGGCAGCAGGAAACAAAGCCAAGUUAGAAAGGCUGUUCGGCUUCCUUUUGGAAUACGUCGGGGAUUUGGCCGCACGCGACCCUCCAGACCUCAGGGUGAUCGACAAGUUGGUUGUGCAGCUGUAUAACCUCUGCCAGCUGUUCCCGGAAGCCGCAAGCGAUGCCAUGAGGUUUGUUUUCCGCGACGCCAUGCAUGAGAUGGAGGAGAUGUUGGAAACCAAGGGCCGCGCCGCCUUCCCGGGCCUGGACGUGCUCAUUUAUUUGAAGAUUGCGGGGCUGCUGUUCCCCACCUCUGACUUCUGGCACCCAGUGGUGACCCCUGCACUGGUGUGCAUGAGCCAGCUGCUCACGAAGUGCCCCGUGCUCUCCCUCCAGGAUGUGGUGAAGGGGCUCUUCGUGUGCUGCCUGUUCCUGGAGUACGUGUCUCUGUCCCAGAGGUUCGUGCCCGAGCUCAUCAACUUCCUCCUCGGGAUCCUUCACAUCGCGGCUCCAAACAAGCCUGCUCUGGGUUACACUCUGGUGCACCCGUUCAGAGCACUUGGGAAGAACUCGGAACUGCUCUUGGUUUCCAACAGAGAGGACGCGGCCACUUGGCAGAGGAAGAGCCUCCCCCUGCACUGGGCCAGCGGACUGAAAACCCUGACCACCACGGAGACAAACCAUGCCAGGCUGUCCUGCCUGGCCGUGUGUCUGGCCCUGGUGAAGCGCUGCAUGCUGCUGUACGGCGCCCUGCCAGCCUUCCAGGACAUCGUGCAGCCCCUGCGAGCUGUGCUGACGGAGCACCUGGCCCACCGCGGCCACCCCCAGGACCUCCAGGAGCUGUGUCAGAGUGCCCUGGCAGAGGCGGAGAACCAGAAGCCGCACUGCCGGCCCCUGGUCUGUGAGAAGAGCAGGCCGGUCCCCCUGAAACUGUUCACUCCCAGGCUGGUCAAAGUCCUCGAGUUUGGCCGGAAGCAGGGCAGCACCCGGGAGGAGCAGGAGCGGAGGCGGCUGAUUCACAAGCACAGGCGCGAGUUCAAGGGAGCCGUGCGUGAGAUCCGCAAGGACAACCAGUUCCUGGCCCGGAUGCAGCUCUCAGAGACCAUGGAACGGGACGCGGAAAGAAAGCGAAAAGUGAAGCAGCUCCUCAACAGCCUGGCGACGCAGGAGGGCGAGUGGAAGGCUCUGAAGAAGAAAAAGUUUAAGAAGUGAAUGAAGGUGUGGUGUUCGCAGGGUGAGCGGCCUGCACUCAGUGCCUGCUGGGGCCAGCCGUCUGGCCUGGCGGUGUGCAGGGUCGAGGUCACUUCUGGAGCUGUGGAUGCUGCUCUGCUGUGGACGCUGCCCGACCGUGGACCCAGCUCCACAACAACUGUCUGUUAGUAAACUAGAAACAGCUUUGAUUCCUGGUGUUCAGGGAUCCUGAAGGGCUUUUGGAGCUACGCACCCUGCUCCGUGCUGCCCUGUGACAGCCAUCUGUUAAUAAACUAGAA